CCCGGAGGCGGCCCUGCCGGGCCUGCGUGGACUUCAAGACAUGGAUGCGGACACAGCAGAAGCGGGACAGCGGGUUUAGGGAGGAUUGUCCACAGGAUCGUGAGGGACUGGGCCGCCACAGCUGGGCUGUCCUCCACACCCUGGCCGCCUACUACCCUGAUCUGCCCACCCCGGAACAGCAGCAAGACAUGGCCCAGUUCAUACAUUUGUUUUCCAAGUUUUACCCGUGUGAGGAGUGUGCUGAAGACAUAAGGCAGAGGAUAUGCAGGAGCCAGCCAGACACUCGCACGCGGGAACACUUCACGCAGUGGCUGUGCCGCCUGCACAACGAGGUGAACCGCAAGCUGGGCAAGCCCGACUUCGACUGCUCUCAGGUGGACGCACGCUGGCGCGACGGCUGGAAGGACGGUUCUUGUGGCUGGCUGUGCCGGCCCCGGCCUGGCCAGGGGGGGCACUCAUUAAAGUGCAUCAGAGCCACAGCCUGCGUGUCUCAGUGGGGUGGUCCCAGGAUGCUGAUGGGGACCCUCGCUUUCUCUGGAAUGAAGUAGAAGUGAAGGUUCCUGCGGUAGGCAGCCAAGGCCCUAGGAGGCUGCAGGGAGGGACGCGGAGCAGCCCAGGAUGUCCCUUUCCAUUCUGCCUGUGGCCUCCUGUCUACCCCUCACCCCACAGGAAGAUGGUGGGCCUGGCUGAGGUUCCUUGUGCUGUCCCUUGAGACCCAGCCAUUGCCUUCCCACAUGGAGCUGGGCUCUGAGCUGUGGCGUUAACGCGACCUAGGGCUGAACUCUGCCCCCUCUCCGAAGGGAAAGCUCAGCCAGGGCAGUCCUGUGAGGGCCACCAGCCAUGCUGCUUGCUCCCUGCCUGGUACAUGUCCUUCCCCAUGGGCCAGGCUGGGUCUGGGGGCUUUGUGGUGCAGCUUCCUCCGUGUUCAUGGUCAAAAUAAACAUUCUGGAGUAACGACUGA